AUGUCAGGUAAUCAGUUUAGGGUCAUUGUAGGCUCUUAUGAGCACAACCUUCUCUGUUUGUCAUUAAACCUUUCAUUGUCAACGCCUGUUUUCACACCUAUAUUCCAUUUUCAAGCCCACAUUUUGAGUGUUAAAUGUUUGGACACAUCAAAAAGAUACCUGGUAUCAGGUUCCAAUGAUGAACAUAUCAGAAUAUACGAUCUUCAAAAGAGAAAAGAAUUGGGAACUUUGCUCGCUCAUCAGGGUUCAAUAACAUGUCUGAAGUUUUCCAAGGCAAAGAUUCCAAGCAAAGAGGAAAAUGUAGAUGAAAAGAAAAUCAGUAACAAGUGGCUACUCUCGGCAUCGGAAGAUAAUAAGAUAAUCAUUUGGAGAGUCAAAGACUGGGAAAAUUUUGGAACUUUGAAGGGACAUACGGCACGGAUCAACGAUCUCGAUGUGCAUCCUUCCAAUAGAGUUGCAGUCAGUGUUAGCGAAGAUCACACAAUCCGUUUAUGGAAUCUAAUGACAGUCAAAAAAGCUGCAGUGCUGAAAUUAAGAGGAUACUCACAAAAUGGCCAAUUCGUGAGGUGGUUUGGUACAGAGGGUAAUUUUUUCGUCGUUGCUUUAAUGAACAAGGUUUUAAUUUACAAGACAGCGACUGCUAAAGUACAUUGCGAAAUCGAUACUGGAAAAAGCACAAUCAUGCAGCUUGAAACCGAAACUUUAAAUGGGGUUGAUUAUAUAGUUGUUGGUUUGAAUAACGGUCAAGUUACCUUUUACAACACCACUAAUUUGGACGAUGAAGAACCAACAAUCAAAGAAGCAGAAUUCACUUUGUUGGGGCACACCAAUAGAGUAAAAGAUAUGAAAUUUUUCACAAACGACUAUGGUACAUAUCUAUUGACAAUUGGUUCAGAUGGUAAAAUCGUUGUUUGGGAUAUGAAAACAAGGGAGCAACUCGCUGUCUAUGAUUCUGGUGAAAGACUUAACUGUCUUGCAAUCUACGAUGAAAAUACAGAAAAGUACGAUACAAUGAAGAAGAGACAGGCUGAGACAGCGGAAAUAGAUGAACAGAGUGAAGUGGAGAGUGAUACUGAAGAAUUGAAAAAGGCAAUGUUUGGAGAGAAGCCAUCAAAAAAAAGAAAAAGAAAUAAGAAAAACAAUGUCAAGAAAGUUUCAGUGCAAUUAGAGUGA